AUGUAUCAUUUACUUCAAUUAUCAUAUUUCCUAUAUAGAUAAUACCAAUCCAGCCAUAAUUUCUUGCAAAUAUUCAGAAUAAUAGUAUUUCCUCAGCUAAUCGUCAUGAGCUCUUCUUGUGGAUGCUUCAGGUAUUCAUAACCUAUUAUUAAAAAACAAUAGAAGUCAUCUCAAUGCUAGCUCAGGGUAGAAACUCUACAGAGAGCUUUCACCUAUGUCGAUAUUACUUUAUCUUCAAUACAAACUCCUUCUGAUGCACUCUAUUUAAUUGGGAUUUCAUCAUUAUUGAUAGCUGCCAAGCUUGAUGAAUCCAGAAAUCUCUCUUAAUAAAUGGAACUUGAAAUAAUGAAUAAUUUCGCCAUGUUCCUCAAAAUGGACCCCAUGAAUACUAUUUCUAGUGGGGAAAUAAUAAAAUGCGAAAGUGUCAUCCUCCAAUUUUGCUGCUGGAGGCCCCUAGUCCCCUGUGCGACUGAGAUACUAAAAUUGAUACUUUUUGUUUGCAAUUCUUCUCAGGACUUUACUGAUAUCAUCGAGAAGACUAAUGAACUAAUUUUUUCAGCCUUACUAUCUUAUGAGAUGUGCUGCUUCAGAUAUUCCUCAAUUGCUUUAUCUAGCCUAAUGCUAGUCUUAGAACAAUACGACUUCUAACAAUUUUAAGAUGGAAUGAUGUCAUUAAUAGAGGAACACAAAAUUCCAUUUGACAUUGCUUAAGUCGAAUAAUGUAAAGAAGCAAUCAUUCACUUGCUAACUUCGGAAGAAGCUAGCUAAUAACAGGGUGAAAUAAUGCCUCAACCACUAAAUGUAACCGAAAUACCACUAGAGUAGUAUUAGUUAGAUUAAAAUUCACUAGCUAAUCAGCAACUAUCUUAGAUAAUUUCAACCUAAUUCGAAACAUAGCAUAUAAAAACCCCUGCUAAACAAUAGUAGAUGACUGAGGAGCAAGAUUUUUCAGUGAAGGAGACUUAGGAGAGCGAAAACUCUUCAUUUAAGUUCGACCUGAACACUACAUCCUUCUUAGAAAAUAUGCAACAGGAAUAGUUUUCCUCGUUUUUAGAAGAAAGUGAUUUUGAUAAUGAGGAAAGUAAAGAUUCCAAAAAAACUAAAAAUAUCAAGAAGCUAAAAAGGAAAGGCUCUCUAAAGAAGAAUAAAUUGUCUUUCAGAAAGGCAACACGUCAGUUGGUGUACACAAACCCCAUUAGUUCAAGUCACCAACCAAUCAAUUUUACAGAAACUGAAUAAAAUGGAAUGAUCAAUACCGAUAAUACUGAGAACAUGAUGAUGAUUGAACUAGGCCAAAAUCACCGUGCAGGUCGCUAAUCAUCAGAUCAUUUUGUAUCAUUAGCUUAUUUAUACAAUAACCAAAAUCAUGGGCUCGGUGAAACUGAUAUUAGUAACAAAGUCAGCACCGAUUUAUUAUUGGAUCAGUGGAUUCAAGAGCAAAUUAGGAACGAGGACUCAAACACCUCCAAUAAGAGAGUUAAUCACUUCUCUUCUUCUCUCUAAUGA